AUGCGGGAAGUCAAUUUCAGUAUCCCCAACGUGAACAAGGCUUCGGUCAACAUCACCACCACACUCUACGACCGCCGUGCCCUCGAUUGCACAUCAACCCUACCGCUCAUCAACUCGCUCAACCAUCUUGCCUAUCUCACUACAUCGUCCGCCCGAAUUCGAGAUAUACUCACCGUUGACGGCGGCGUGGAGCGUUUGAUAUGCAUUCUCAAGGAGGGCCGCAGCAAGGAUCUGAUGGAGAUGUGGAAAUGGAGCCUCGCUUUCCAAUGUGUCGUCAAUAUUGGAGUGCGGGGCUCUGAGGGCGUCAGGACUCGUGUGGUGGAAGCCGACAUGGUCCCCGUCAUUGCCACCAUCCUGAGUAAUUACAUCAAGGUGGUGGAUAAGGUUCGAGCACGCGACUGCCCCGAGUCCGAGAAGCAGUCGUCUUCCAAGGAAGGGAAAUCUAGCAGAGAACCCUCCGCUCGUUCCACUCCGAUGGAAGUGGACACCCAGACCGAAUCACACGAGUCCGAAGAGUCCCACCGCCGACAGGACCCUCCGAGCAUCGAACUCCCCCAGCCCUUCCGCCACGAAAGCCAGCCAAUCGAUUCCGAUGCCAUGGAUAUCACCUCUCCUCCCCAUGCCCCCAGAAUCUCAUCACCAGAAAGCAGCAACCUUGGACAAGAAUCUCACCACCGGGCCCAUGACGGUCGGUCGCCACGUGCAGGCCAUCGCCUUCGCUCCAUGCAACCCCUAGCUACAGCAGUUCCAUCCGUGGAAACCCCGGAUGGCUUUGGAUUACGCCCAGUGCAUGACACUGAGCGUCUCCCUAGCAUGCUUCCCGGUCUCCAGACCGGAAUUGUCUCGCAGCCGGAUUCCCCGACUACCCCCAGCGGACCCCUUCAUUCGCAACCUCGAAGCCUUCCCCAAACGAUCGCCGCCAGGCAGCGCCCUGCUAUCCGCCAGCAGCAGUCUGGCUCUGGUGAGUCGGACGAUGCCCAGGGCGAAGACUCGACGAUGGAUGAGAGCAACAUGGGACAACCCACCGAGACUAUUGUUGGACUUCCGGAUCGGAUGGAACUUGACAAUGUUGAGGGACGCGAAGACGCUAUGCUGGAUAACGUCUCUCCCGCUCACGGUCUUACCGUCACGGAUCCCUCUGAAGAGGAAGGCCCAGAGGUCGAGACUUUCAACAUCACCCAUCGAUCAACGGUCGAUGGUAGCAUCAUUACCAACGGCAACGGUCAAAAUAAUGGACUGGGUCUCUCCCCAACCCAAGCCACCAACAACCCCAACUCUCCCACUCUCACCCCCACCCCCUACGCCUUGUACCUCCGUGACCGCAACGCUCCCGCCGCUCAGGGUGUCUUGACUGCCAUGCCUCGUGACGAGGAUGUUCUCAUGUCCCUGCAGCUACUGGCAUACAUCUCCAAGUACUGCUACCUCCGAUCAUACUUCCAAUCCUCCCACCUCGUCCCCAGGCUGAAGAUUGACCGCGAACUUCAUCUUUUGGAUGAAAACCCCGACCCCUCAUCGAUUGAGAUGUGCGAGGACGAGGAUGAGUAUAUCAACCCUGAUGAUGUCAACAUCUUCCCCCUGGUGGAGAAAUUCACCGUGAGACAUCACUCCAAGGACAUGCAGUACUGGGCUUGUGUGGUCAUGAGAAACCUUUGUCGUAAGGACGAGGCAAAUGGUGGAAUCCGCCAAUGCGCCUACUACAAGUGUGGCAAGUGGGAGGAGUACCAGCGUCAAUUUGCCAAAUGUCGACGUUGCCGUCGCACCAAGUACUGCAGCAAAGAAUGCCAGAAAUCCGCUUGGGUGUAUCACCGGCACUGGUGCCACAUGACUCCCUGA